AAUCUGUCGAUUAAAUCCAUUUUAUUAUUUACAGAAAUAACACAAUAUAUACUCAUGAAUAAAUUAAAUGAAUCAUCAAAACCGCAAUGAAGAACAUAAACCUCUAUGUGUCGUUCAAAAUACAUCGCAUUCAGAAGAUCGGCAUCCGGCCACCAGAUAUUCGUUUACGAUAGAACCGAGAGGCUGCGUGAUGACAUACGACCAAAAUCAAAAUUAUUCUUCAAAAUUUAAAAAUCUGCCAGUUGACGAAGAAUGGUUCUCAGUGCGAUCGUGAUCGCAUCGGCUUUGAAAGGAGCCUUGGGCCUCGUGGGCACGAGCCUAUGGUUAAUUCCACUGUUAAUAGCGGGUCUGUCUUACUAUCAAUACGACCAAUUGGAUCCAGAGAGCCGACCGAUCGACAGAUAUCCCCUUUAUCCGGAAUACGAUUUCAUCGUGGUGGGUGGUGGGUCAGCCGGGGCCGUUGUAGCCAACAGACUAUCAGAAAUACCGAAAUGGAACGUUCUUUUGCUCGAGGCUGGCCCGGACGAGAACGAAGUGACGGAUGUACCUUCGUUGGCAGCAUACCUCCAACUGACGAAAAUCGAUUGGAAAUACAAAACGGAACCCACAGGCAGAGCUUGUCUAGCUAUGAAAAAUGGCCGUUGCAACUGGCCUCGAGGCAAAGUACUAGGUGGCUCUAGUGUGCUCAAUUACAUGCUCUACGUGAGAGGGAACAGACACGAUUACGAUCACUGGGAAUCGAUGGGUAAUCCUGGCUGGGGAUAUGACCAGGCGCUCUACUAUUUCAAAAAAUCGGAAGAUAAUAGGAAUCCAUACCUGCAGAAAAGUCCAUAUCACUCGACAGGUGGUUAUUUGACCGUGCAAGAAUCACCGUGGAAGACUCCUUUGGUAGUGGCGUUCGUUCAGGCAGGAACGGUAGGAUACGAGAAUAGAGAUAUAAACGGAGAACGGCAGACAGGAUUCAUGAUAGCUCAAGGCACGAUACGCAGAGGCAGCAGGUGUUCCACUGCUAAAGCUUUUCUAAGACCGAUCAGACUGCGCAGGAAUAUUCACACUGCCAUGAACUGUCACGUGACUAGAAUACUCAUAGACCCUAUAGCGAUGAGAGCAACUGGUGUCGAAUUCGUGAGGGACGGACGCAGGCAAAUAGUGCGAGCAAGGAAGGAAGUGAUCUUAUCGGCAGGAGCGAUUAACAGCGCGCAAAUCUUGAUGUUAUCCGGGAUAGGACCCAAGGAGCAUCUGCGCCAAAUGGGAAUAUCAGUGAUCAAAGAUCUUCGAGUGGGCGAUAAUUUGCAAGAUCACGUAGGUAUGGGUGGUCUUACAUUUCUCAUAGAUAAACCCGUAGCAAUCGUUCAAGAUAGAUUCCAAGCAGCUCCCAUAACUAUGCAUUACGUAGCCAAUGGCAGAGGACCGAUGACCACUCUAGGUGGCGUUGAAGGCUACGCUUUCGUCAAUACGAAAUACGCGAAUCGAUCGAUCGAUUAUCCGGACAUACAAUUGCAUAUGGCGCCGGCAUCCAUCAAUUCGGACGAUGGUGUUCAGGUUAGAAAGGUUCUAGGCAUAACCGACGAAGUUUACGAUACUGUGUUCAAACCUAUAUCGAACAAGGACGCGUGGACUAUUAUGCCUCUUCUGUUGAGGCCUAGAUCGAGAGGCACAGUCAGGUUACGUAGCUCUAAUCCGUUUCACAGCCCGUUAAUCAAUGCUAAUUACUUCUCCGAUCCGAUAGAUAUCGCCACUUUGGUCGAAGGUGCCAAAAUCGCAAUGAGAAUCAACGAGGCUAAAGUGUUCGAGCAAUUCGGAUCCAGAGUUCACAGAAUUAAACUGCCCGGUUGCAAGCAUUUGAAGUUUGCCUCGGACGCGUAUUGGGAGUGUCAUAUUCGGCAUAUCUCGAUGACGAUUUAUCAUCCAGUUGGAACGACGAAAAUGGGCCCUUCGAGUGAUCCUACUGCAGUCGUCGAUCCUAGAUUAAGAGUGUACGGUGUUAGAGGAUUGAGAGUGAUCGAUGCGUCGAUCAUGCCCACCAUUUGCAGCGGAAAUACGAAUGCGCCGGUAAUUAUGAUAGGGGAAAAAGGAGCCGAUCUAGUGAAAACUGAUUGGUUGGCGAUAGAAAGUGCGAGAGGUUGACGGAUUGAAGGAGUUGCUUUAAUUUUGUGAUUAAGAUAGACAUCGUUUGUUGAUUAAUUAAGCUUUGUUGGUUAAGGAGUCAAGCAAAAGUUUGUGACGACUUCUGUCAUUGUGAUAUGUUGAGUGUACAUAAAAUGUAUAUUAAAUGUAUGAAAUGUUUUGUUAAAUUAAUCGUAGGAUUGUUGUUAAGAUUUGAUAGUAGCAAUAGAAUCAAAUAGAAGUGAAAAAUGGAAAAUUUCGUUUGUGUUACAUUGUGUGUCGAUUAAGUGGAAACAUUUUUGGAUAAUUGAAUGAAUUUUAGAUGAAUUUUACUUUGUAUUAUCUUGAUAUAGAUAGAAUUAUCUCAUUGACAUUAAAUGAAGAAGAUUU